GUCAACUCAUCCCAGAGGCAAAACAUAUAACUUCGCGACCUUUUGGCGGAAUGAGGAUUUGAGGGUUCUCAAAAAUUAGAGACAUUUAAUAUUUAAUUUCUAUAUUCGUACAGAUUUUUCUGCCUUCGAAAACUAUAUAACUUUGCGAAUGUUUUGGUUGGAAGGCUCUUCACCGUUGUAUGCCACCUAAAUAUUGAUUCAUACACUUCGUUUUUUUUUGUUUUUUUUUUUUAGUUAUACAAAUUCUGUUUGCUUGCUUAUCACGGAGGAGGAAUGCAAUGCAAAGACUCCACUAGCCAAAAUGAAGAUGAGUCUGUUUCCUCGAAAAACAGGAUUGAUUGGGAAAGCAUUAUUGCCAAUGAGAAUUCUUCAUCAGGAGAUGAAAGUCUAGCUGAAAUUCACCCAAAUGUAAUGGGUGUUUCUAGGAAUGAAGAGGACUCCGACGACAUGGAUGAAGUACCUUUGAUAAAGCUGCAGAAACGUAAAACCCAAGAAAAAAAAGAGAAAAAAGGCUAUUUUCCAGAAGAAAAUAGAAAGCGUGCUCGAAGCAGAAGUUCUUCAGAAUCCAAGGAAAAGGACAUAUAUACACCAUUGGAAAAACAAUACAUCGAGUUGAGAAAAAAAUAUAAGGACUCUAUUCUAGCUAUUGAGGUAGGUUAUAAAUUUCGGUUCUUUGGUGAUGAUGCAAAAACCGUGUCAAAGGCGCUUGGCAUUGGUUGCUACUAUGAGCAUAACUUUUUAAACGCCAGUGUCCCUUCUUACCGUAUUGAUUUUCAUUUGGAGCGCUUAAUAAAUGCUGGUCUGAAGGUUGCUGUAGCUCGACAAACUGAAACAGCUGUUUUCAAGUCAACUGGUAAUAGUCGAAAUACACUUUUUGAACGCGAUGUGGUCGGCGUGUAUACCAAAGGCACCUUUAUUAACGAGAGUACUUCUUGGUACGAUCAAAGAUCUAAUGGUUCUAUUCAAGACUCGCAGUACAUUUUCUGCGUUGUGGAUAAUCCCAUUUCUAAGAAAGCCCCCUUCGGCAAGGUGCAGAUCGGUUUUUUAUGUACCCAACUAUCUUCUGGAACUUUUAUAUACGAUCAGUUUGAGGAUGACAUAUUAAGAACCAACUUGCAAACAAGGCUUUCCCACUUUCAACCUUGCGAAAUCCUCUUUUCAAACGAACUCUCUUCGGAAUCGGUCUCUUUACUGAAUCAUUAUAUCACGUCGGAGCAAGUUAUUGGAAGAAAGAUUUGUAUUCAAAAUGUAAACCAACAUACUGCAAAAGCUUCUUUACAAAAUGUGUGCGAUUUCUUUUCGUCAAAAUUUUAUGAUUAUGAACAAGUCAUCGUAGACUUACACUUGGAAAAGAUAAAAUCUUUACCUACUUUGUCUAUUGUUUGCUUAGAAAUGACGAUCUCUUAUUUGACUGAAUUUUCAUUGGAAAAUAUCUUGACCAUGUCUGACUUUUAUCAGCCCUUCAGUCACUUUUCUUCAAUGAUUUUGAGUAAACAAACCAUGGACGGAUUAGAGGUGUUUUCUAAUCAAACUGAUCAAUCUUCAAUUGGAAGCUUAUUUUGGGUACUCGAUCAUACGUAUACAAGAUUUGGACAGCGUUUGCUACAGCAAUGGAUUAAAGCUCCUCUUUUAUCUGCUAAUGAAAUCAACAAUCGACUAGAUGCGGUUGAAGAGCUCUCAACAGGAUUCAAUGAAAAUACACAAAUAUUGCGCAAACUCUUACACCGGCUACCGGAUUUAGAGAAAGGUCUUGCAAGAAUAUACUAUCAAAAGUGUUCUCCUUCAGAAUUGCUUUAUAUUUUAAAAGGGUUUUACAGGGCCUCUAUUGCUUUUUCUUCAAAUCCUAAUAAUUCUUUUCAAUCUUCAUUGUUAAACUCUCUCGUAAAGCAGCUUCCAACAAUACUAUAUCCAGUCGAUCAGUUUUUGGCUUCGUUUACUCAUGCUAAAGCUGCGGAGAAUAAUAAGUUGGAGAUGUUUCAAAAUGUCGACGACUUUGAUUCUGUUGGAGACUCUUCUUCGGAAGACUCUCAGUCCAUCUUGAAAGUUCGUGAACACAAGAUGGGUAUAUUGAUGGUCGAAACAGAAUUGAAUAUACAUCUACAGGAAAUUCGAGACUACCUCAAUUAUCAAGAAUUGAAUUAUACUACUUGGGGAAACAUGAAUUUUUGCAUUGAGCUAUCUAGAGGCUGUAAAAACAUACCGGAAGACUGGAUAAGAGUAAGCGCUACUAGAAGUCUAAUACGUUAUCACACUCCGAAGGUGCAAGCUUUUAUCCUUGAAUUGGCUCAACAUAAGGAAGCUUUGGCCGUUUCAUGUGAAGAAAUCUAUAUAUCCUUCUUAAAGAAGAUCUCUGGUUACUACAAUGAAUUGAGAAGAGUAGCUGUAGCUCUUGCUUCGUUAGAUUGUCUACUUUCUUUCGCAUGUGUAUCUUCACAAACUGGAUAUGUUCGGCCUCAGUUGACAAUACACGAUUUCUAUGUGGAAGAUAGUAGGCAUCCUAUGAUCGAGUUGCUAACUGAUGAGCCCUAUGUGCCAAAUGAUAUUUAUCUCAGUGCUAAAGGUAUACAAACAUUGUUAAUUACGGGGCCAAAUAUGGGUGGUAAGACAUCAAUAGUUAAGCAGCUCGCUUUGACAUCUUUGAUGGCGCAAUGUGGAUGCUUUGUUCCUGCGAAAAGUGCUCGUUUGCCUUUAUUGGAUUCUAUCCUUGUACGAUUAGGCUCGACUGACAAUAUUUUUCUUAAUAUGUCCACCUUCAUGGUCGAGAUGCAUGAGACCAACGAAAUCUUAAACAAGGCUACGGAUAAGUCUCUUAUAAUUUUCGAUGAGCUUGGAAGAGGAACGAGCACCGUUGAUGGUGAGGCAAUUUCCUAUGCAGUAUUAUACCAUUUGAAUUAUUAUAUACGCCCAUACCUACUUUUUGUCACUCAUUAUCCUGGUUUGGGUGUUUUGGAAAAGCAAUUUAGUCAUCGACUACGAAGCUACCACAUGGGGUAUGUAAGACUGGAAGGAAGGGAUCAAAAUGCUCAAAAUAUAUCGUUUCUUUACAAGCUGGUCCCUGGAAUUGCUUCCAGAAGUUACGGAUUAAACGUUGCUAGGAUGGCCGGGAUACCAAUUUCGAUAAUCCAUCGAGCUGAAGAAAUAAGUGAAGAGCAUGAACGAGAUCAAUGGUUACUUAGAAAAAACCGCACGUUACUGAAAUUGAAACGGUUCAUCCAAAGUUACAAGUUCUCACAGUCGGAUCUCGAAGAACUAUUUUCUUGCUUAUCAACUAUAGAAACCAAUGAAUUUAUUGAAUAAGGCUAAAAGCUAUUGACUGUACAAUAAAAGGGUUCGUUAAAUAUGGGUCAAGUGAUUUUGGAAAACUCGCCAAAAAUUGAAUCACGCUUUACGUGUCAUAACAUUUAUUUUUUGGAAAAUCUAUAUUUUAUAAAAAGAUUUAAUAUGUCUAUAUAAAUUUAUUAGCAGCUCUUCUUCGAAAUGUCUUUACCUAUGAGAUUCUGCAAUGAAUUCAGUACCAUCGAUCUAUUGACUUACCUUUGUGAUACUGAAUCUGAACUGAACUCUUUAAAAAAUGCUAUUUAUUAUGUAUUUCAUUGCUUCUCUGUGCUUGCUGAACGGCCAUUAAAAUAAAAACAGAAAAAUAUGUUAGUUUAGCAAAGUAAAUUGAAAUUUUCAAGCAAGCUAUAUUUUUGUAUAAGGUGCUAUUCAUAAUAAAUAAAAUAUUUCUAUCUAUAAAUGU